ACCAACGCCUUUCCCAUUCCCAUUCCCCUUCUCCAUCUUCUCCAUCUUCUCCAUUACGUUUCCUUCUCCAUUUCUUCAUCACACUCUUGAUUCUUCCUCUGUUUCCACAUAGUUCUGCACGAUUCUGAUCGUAAUCUGUUUCUGAUCGUCGCCGUCGCCGCCGUCGCUGUACCGAUUCUUUCGAUUCUUCUUCUUCUCAUUCAUGGAAGCUGGAGUGGAUACGCCGGAAACGGGAGCCAGGGGCGUUCCGGUGGACUUCUCGGCCGACGACGCUCUAUUAUCUUCUUCUCCUCCGAGAAUUCCCAAGAGACUUCGUCAGAGACUUCUCGUGGAGUGUAAGUCUCCCAGUACUGUGGAGGAAAUCCAGGCCAAGCUUCGUGAUGCUGAUCUUCGUCGACAGCAACAUUAUGAGAAGUUGUCCAGCAAGGCUCGACCGAAGCUGAAAAGUCCAUCACAUUCUUCUUCUCAGGAGGAAGACCUUGGUCAGCGGCUUGAAGCUAAACUCCUGGCUGCCGAGCAGAAGAGGUUGAGCAUAUUGGCUAAUGCUCAAAAGCGUCUUGCUAUGUUGGACGAGUUACGACAAGUCGCUAAAACUAUUGUGGAGAGACGUAAAGAGAAAGAGCGUGAGGAACUUGGCAAAGAAGUUGCAACUCGGGCACAGCAAGCAGAGGCCAACAGAAUGCUUAUCCUAAAGGCUUACAGGCAACGAAGGGCCACAUUGAUGGAAAGGUCAUCUAUGUCAUUGGUAAGAAAGAUGGCUUGGGAAAACAAGUACAAGGAACAUGUGCGUGCUGCAAUUUCUCAGAAGCGUGCAGCUGCUGAGAAGAAACGACUGGGUUUGUUGGAAGCAGAGAUGAAGAGGGCACGUGCUCGGGUGUUGGAGGCUCGGCGCGUGGCUAUGUCUGUAUCUCAACAACGUGAGCUUGAGAGGAUGAAAAUGAGGGAUAAGUUGGAAGAUCGAAUGCAAAGGGCAAAGAGAAAGAGAGCAGAAUACUUGAGGAAGAGAGGAAGGCCAAACAUAGCUAGUCGAGUGAAUAGAAUUAGGAUGCGCAAGCAGGCUGACAUCCUAUCCCGAAAACUAGCAAGGUGCUGGAGGAGAUUUCAAAAAUUGAGGAGGACAACUUUAACAUUGACUGAAGCAUACAAGUCCUUGAAAAUUAAUGGAAGAUCUGUCAAGUCAAUGCCUUUCGAGCAGUUCGCUGUUCUGAUUGAAUCAAGUUCUACUCUCCAAACUGUUAAAGCUUUACUUGAUCGGCUUGAAAGCCGCUUGAAAGUUGCUAGGGUUGUUGCUGCUACAAAUUAUCCAUCUAAUUUUGAAAAUAUCGACCACCUUCUUAAGCGAGUUGCUUCUCCUAAAAGGAGGUCUACUCCAAGUUCUUCGGCAAGGAGCAGAAAUGCAAGCAAAGUAUGUUUUGUUAGGGAGGGAGCUAGAAGUGCUGCUAAACCAUCCAGAUAUUCAGUUAGAGUGGUCCUUUGUGCUUAUAUGAUACUGGGUCAUCCUGAUGCCGUUCUUAGUGGUCAGGGAGAACGUGAGAUUGCUCUGGCCAAGACCGCUAAAGAAUUUGUUAACGAGUUUGAACUACUGAUAAAGAUUAUUUUGGAAGGGCCUAUCCAGAGUUCAGAUGAUGAAUCAGAAUCUUCAUCACCAAAACAAUGGACCUUCAGAUCUCAGCUUGCUGCAUUUGAUAAAGCAUGGUGCUCCUACCUGAAUUGUUUUGUGGCGUGGAAGGUGAAGGAUGCACGGGCGUUGGAAGAGGAUUUGGUGAGAGCUGCUUGUCAUCUUGAACUUUCUAUGCUUCAAACUUGCAAGUUGUCAGCUGGGGGAGAUAAUGCUCUUACACAUGAUAUGAAGGCCAUCCAAAAGCAGGUCAGUGAUGAUCAAAUACUUUUAAGAGAAAAGGUUCAGAACCUUAGCGGAGAUGCUGGGAUUGAGCGUAUGGAGAGUGCUUUAUCUGAAACACGAUCUAAGUACUUUGAGUCUAAAGAAAACGGAAGCGCUCUGAGUUCACCAGUUACACAGUUUAUAUCUUCAUCUCUGCCCAACUCAGAUGUCCCUUCUGUUUCCAGAUCAGAUAUCAGGAGCAGUGAGGACAAACAUGGCGAGAGGCCAUCUCGUGUAGUUCGCUCUUUAUUCAGGGAAGAUUCAUUGGUGGCCAAACCAAAUGAUUUAUCUGAAUCUAGAAGAAGCAUUCCAGAUGGUCAGCUAGGCCCUGUUGGAGACUUGGCCACUGAGAAUGAAUUUUUAGUAAAUGAGUUUCUCCACCAGCAACAUCAUCAUCCCUUUUCUGACAGCUCAGACAUGACCAAAGAAGACCCGAACAGUAUUAAGGUAAAGAUAAGAGAAACAAUGCAGAAGGCUUUUUGGGAUGGCAUCAUGGAAUCUUUGAAACAAGAAGAGCCCAACUAUGAUAGGGUGAUUCAGCUUGUGAGGGAGGUCCAGGAUGAACUUUGCAAUAUGGCUCCAGACAGCUGGAAACAGCAGAUAACUGAAGCCUUUGACAUAGACUUUCUUUCCCAGAUACUCGAGUCAGGGAACCUGGAUAUGGACUACCUUGGGAGGAUUUUGGAGUUUACAUUAGUCACAUUGCAGAAGCUCUCCUCUCCAUCUAAAGAGAGCAAGCUGAAGGCUAGUUACGAGAGUUUAUUUGGAGAGUUAACUGAGAUAUGUUGUACCGAAGAUAAGUCGAGCAAUCCAUGUGUGAUCGCCUUGAUUAAGGGUCUGCAAUUUGUCCUUGAGCAGAUUCAGGUGCUUAAACAAGACAUAAGCAAAGCUCGUAUAGAAAUUAUGAAGCCUAUUUUAACCGGACCCCAUGGUUUUGAUUAUCUUAGAAAAGCUUUUGGCAACCGAUAUGGGAUCCCAUCUGAUGCCCACACCAAUCUGCCGAAAACAUUGCAGUGGCUUUCAUCUGUGUGGCAUGGCAGAAACCAGGAGUGGGAAGAACACAGGAACAUUUUAUCGUCGUGGUCUGUAGUUUCCGAGGGAACAUCACAGGGAUGUCUUCCAUUGACCUCUCUAAGAACCGGUGGAAGUAUUGUCCCCCUGACGAAUGCAAACCAACAGACUUCUACUGCCAGUGAAACUUCAGGUAAUGAACAACCAGAAUGCAGUGGAGGAGAACUGGAUGUAGCUAUCAGGCUCGGACUUCUGAAGUUGGUGACCGGUGCGUCUGGUGUAACGCAAGAAGUAUUACCAGAAACGUUUAGUCUUAAUCUUCACCGGAUAAGGGCCGUUCAGUCUGAAGUUCAGAAACUAAUCGUAACGACAACCAGCAUACUUGUUUGCCGGCAGAUCCUCCUGGGCCAGGGCAGUUCAACACUGACCACUACAGACAUAGAAACCGCAGUCUCGAAUUGUGCUCAACAGAUUUCGAACAUGCUAGACCGAGACAAGGAUGCUGGAAGUGAAGAAAUCACCGAAGUGAUAGUUAAGUUCACAGGCGGAGAUGGCGAUGCGGAGGUCGUUGAAUCAAGGAGGGUAGUUAUCAGUAGGAUGAUAAGAAAAUGCUUGCAGGCAGGGGACGCCGUGAUUGAAAAGGUGUCUCGUGCCGUCUACAAGGGAGCGAGAGGAGUCGUUCUUGGUGGAAGCGGACGGAGUGGAAGAAGACUAGCAGAAAUGGCUCUCCGGCAGGUCGGAGGGGCGGUGCUAACAGAAAGGAUGGUGAAAGCUGCCGAAGUUUUAGUAGGGGCAGCCACUGUAUCAGUUAACGUUCAUGAAGCGUGGUACGUUGAUUUGGUGAAUAUGAUUGAUUCUGAAAUAUGAAGAAGUUGAAUUUGAUGAUGAUAGUAAUAAUAAUGUAAAGAAGAAACCACAGUUGUGUAUAUAAUUAGUUUAAAUUGUAGAAGUAAAGAUUCCUGGGGUGUAAUUGAAUGUGUAAAUGUGACGUGGAGUUAAAAUAAUUAAAUUGUAUAUAUUUAGUUUUUUAAUUCGGACUUCUUCUUCUGUU